AUGAACGUCCCAGAACAAGUAUUUGUCUUCUUAACUAUCGUUGCCCAAAGUCAAACUAAUCGUGAGGCACAAGAUGUCUGGCAACAUUCUGGUGAGACCAUUUCACGGAGAUUCAGUGACGUCCUAGACGCCAUUUGUGCGCUGCACGAUGACUUCAUUAAACCCCCAAACUAUGACAGAGUUAGUGAUUUUGUACGUGACAAUCGUCAUAGAUAUGGCACAUGGUUUGACGACUAUGUAGGUGCAAUUGACGGGACUCAUAUACCUUGCACGCCGAUUGGGGUUCAAAAUCCGAUUGCUUACCGCAAUAGGAAGGGCGUCAACUUUCAGAAUAUAGUUGCAGCAUGUUCCUUCAAUAUGAAGUGCACGUACAUAUUAACUGGUUGGGAAGGGUCAGCACAUGAUACACGAGUGCUUAAAGAUGCUGUUGACAAACUGAAGUUCAAAUUCCCACAUCCACCGCCUGGAAAAUACUACCUUGUAGACACGACAUAUGCAAACAAUGCUUGUUUUCUUGCUCCGUAUAGAGGUGGGACAUACCAUUUGCCUGACUACCGAAAGAGAAGUGGUGGAUUUAGGGGACCUAGAGAUAUUUAUAACUACAAACACUCUUCGUUGUGA